GUCGAUAUGGGCGUUCCUGAGCUGUGCGGCCACUUUACUAUCCGCGGCCUGACCAGCGAGCUGCCCACCCUGACCACGUAUUUUGACGCUCAGAUUGUUGGCACUGCGUCCAACUCGUUUGUCACUAACCAGUGGGAAGCCACUGUUGACACUGAUCGCACUCAUUGGAGCUUCUUUCCGGCGUUUAUGCAGUAUCGAAACCGCUUCAACUCGAAGGACUUUAACUACAAACUGGGCACCUCGGAUAAAUUCGUUUUUAUGAGAUGGAAGGAGCGCUUCAUCGUGCCAAACUACAAGCUCAGCAAGAUCAACGGCGCCAGCUACGAUGGCUUCUAUUACGUGUGUUACGACCGGGAGGAGGCUGCAGUCACCGGUUUUUACUACCACAAGGAGUCA